ACCAACUCACAACAUGGCUUCUCAUCCCAAUACCCUCUUUGUUUUCUUGACACUCACAUUAGCAACUCUUUGUUUCUCUCAUACACCUAAAGGUGGGUUCAGUGUGCAACUCAUUCACAGAGACUCUCCAAACUCUCCAUUCUACAACCCCUCCGAAACCCCUUUCCAACAACUUCACAACGCUUUUCACCGUUCCAUCAACCGCGUGAACCAUUUCUACUCAAAAUCAAAGGCUUCACGAAAGCCACCACAGUCUGUGAUAUCACUCAGCCAUGGAGAGUACCUCAUGAAGUACUCCAUCGGAACGCCGCCGUUUGAGGUGAUGGGCAUUGCCGACACGGGGAGUGACCUUGUUUGGUUGCAAUGCAAGCCUUGCAAAAAGUGUUACAACCAAACGACUCCCUUGUUUGACUCGGCCAAAUCCUCGUCUUACAAGCCCGUUUCUUGUAAUUCCUCGUUGUGUCGAUCACUGAAGGAAACCAUUUGCCAACACAAUGGAGAUCCCAGGUGCAAGUACGAUGUUGAAUACGGUGAUAGAUCAUAUUCACGAGGAAAUAUUGCGUUUGAAACACUCACGUUGGGUUCUACUAGAGGUUCCUCUGUUGCAUUUCCCAAGAUUGCAAUUGGCUGUGGGUUCACAAAUGGUGGUAAAUUUGACCCUAAAGGCUCUGGUAUUGUUGGGCUAGGAGGUGGUGGUAUCUCACUUAUGACCCAAAUAGGUCAUUCAGUUGAUUUCAAAUUCUCCUAUUGCUUGGUACCAUCCUUUGAAUCCAAAGGCGCAAGUAAGAUAAAUUUUGGAGAAAAAGCUGUGGUGGCUGGUUCUGGAACAGUCACUACUCCAAUUAUACGUGGAUCCGUUGACACAUAUUAUUACCUUAAAUUGGAGGGAAUGAGUGUUGGGUCCAAAAGAAUAGAGCUCAUAGAUAAUUCAACCUCAAAUGAUGCUAAGGGUAACAUCAUAAUCGAUUCAGGAACCACAUUGACGUUUUUGCCAAAAAAAUUUUACGCCAAACUAGAGUCAGAAGUACCAGCACAGAUAAAAAUGGAACGUGAUCAUAGCCCAGAACAAUUUUUAAGCCUUUGUUACAAGAUUCCAUCAAAUGAAACAUUUGAAGCCCCACUUGUUACAGCACAUUUUUCUGGCGCCGACGUUGUGUUGAACUCUUUAAACACUUUUGUUAGUGUCUCUGAUAAUGAAACAUGUUUUGCUUUCGCCCCAGUGAUAGCCGAUUCCAUCUUCGGAAACAUAGCACAAACGAACCACAUGGUUGGAUUUGAUUUGCUCAAGAAGACUGUGUCCUUUAAGCCCACUGAUUGUACUAAGAUGUAAUGUUGUCUAAUAGUGUGUGCAUGUGCAUUUCGAAUGCAGUGUUUGUAUAGUGAAAGAAAGUACUAUAUUUCUAUACUGGCAGAAUAUUAUGAAUAAAACA